UGACAUCUGACAUUUACGUGACAACACGUCGAAAAUGGCUGACUCGGGGCCAAGUAAAAGCGAUAUUGAAGCAGUUUUUCAAAGAUUACGAGCCAUACAGGCUAAUAAAGUAUGUUUCGACUGCAACGCGAAGAACCCUACGUGGUCGUCGGUGACGUACGGGGUGUUCAUCUGCCUGGACUGCUCCGCCGUGCACCGCAGCCUCGGCGUGCACCUCACGUUCGUGCGCUCUACGCAGCUCGACACCAACUGGACAUGGAAGCAGCUGCGCAACAUGCAGCUGGGCGGGAAUGCCAACGCCACUCAGUACUUCCGCACACACGGUCUGAACACGGAGGACGCGCGGCAAAAGUACAGCUCGCGCGUGGCGGAGAUGUACCGCCAGAAGCUCAGCACCAUGUCUGAGCAGGCCAUGAAGACCUACGGGACCAAGCUCCACAUAGAGCCUGCGCCGGCAGAGGCAAAGGAGACAAAGGAGGUAGAGUCGGAUUGGUUUGCCGAGACCACCGCCAUCUCACUCAGCACUAACUCUAACCUGCAUGCCGCACCGCAGGUGGACAACAAACCAGAGGCACUGAGCUCCGGACAGCGACUGUGGGAGUCGCCCGCGCAGUCUACCGCGCGCAAACCUCAGUCCAAGCGAACCACGUUGGGAGCCCGCAAAGGCGGCCUAGGCGCUACCAAGGUGGCCGCCAACUUCGAGGACAUGGAGCGCGAAGCCAUGAUGGCGGAGAAGCUGAAGGCCGAGGCGACACAGUCCCAGUCGAGCGCCGGCAUUGAGCAAGUGGAGCAGGAAGUGGCCAGUCUGCGGCUGGCGUACAAUGCGGGAGGCAAGGCGGAGGCCGACCGGCUAGGGAUAGCUGCCGCUCACAGGGGGACCUCACACGGUGUGUCACAUUCUGCCAUGUCCGACAUGACGAUAAUAGAACAGGAAGGCGCGCCGGCGAACAACACGAGGUCUACGCUUGAUGAACUGGAUGAUUUCAACUCCGUCUUCACAAUGAUCAGGAGCGAGCCGUACAGCAGCGGGCGGGGCGGCGGGCUGGACGCGCUGCUCGGCGACACGCACAGCCGCGCCAAGCCGCUGUCCGCCUCCUGGGAGAACAUCGAGCCGGAACCCUCGCGCACGGUGCACACGAUGUUCUCCCCCUCGGAACAGCGCGCGGCGGCGGCGGCGCCGGCGCAGGCCGCGGCGGGGCGCGCGCGGCGGCCGGGGCCCGCGGAGGACGACUCGGCCGUCAAGAAGUUCGGCGCCGCCAAGGCCAUCAGCUCGCAGCAGUUCUUCGGCGAACAGGAUAACCGGUUCGAGCGCGACGCGAACCUAUCCCGCUUCCAAGGCAGCAGCAGCAUCAGCUCCGCCGAGUAUUUCGGCCGCCCCGAGCGAACGCCGCAGCCCUCCUUCGCCGUCUCCGCUCCUCAACUCGAUGAGGUGCGCGAGUCGGUCCGCGCGGGCGUGACCCGCGUGGCGGGGCGGCUGUCGUCGCUGGCCAACGGCGUCGUGUCCUCCAUCCAGGAGCGCUACGGCUACUGAUCCUCCGCCCUCCUCCCCUGCCUCCUGC